UCAGAGGGCGCAGCCCCAGCCCCAGCCGCCGCCGCAUCAUGCAGCAGCCGCCGGCUCCAGCUGCUGCUGCCCUCUUGCUAGUCCUGCUGGCUACCGACUCCUCUCAGACUGUGCUGCUCCACAGAGCCCGAGAGGAGGCUUCCCAGUUCCUUCGGCAGAGGCACCGCCGAGCCUACCAGAUCUUCGAAGAGACCAAGCAAGGCCAUCUGGAGCGAGAAUGUGUGGAGGAACUCUGCAACAAGGAAGAAGCCCGGGAGGUGUUUGAGAACGACCCUGAGACGGACUAUUUUUUCCCGAAAUACUUGGCAUGUAUUCGGCAGUAUGGGUCACCAUAUACAAGAAGUCCAGAUUUCCAUACAUGUGUGCAUAACUUGCCAAAUCAGUGUACUCCGGACCCAUGUCAUAAGGAAGGUACAGCAAAAUGUGAAGACAUGAAAGGUGGAUACCAUUGCCAUUGCAGAAAAGGCUGGCAAGGAGAAAGAUGUGAGAAAGAUAUUAAUGAAUGUGCUGAUCAGAAUGGUGGCUGUAAACAGACAUGUUACAACAAGCUAGGCAGCUAUCACUGUUCUUGUUAUAAUGGCUAUGCUCUUAUGAAGGACAGUAAAACUUGUGAAGAUAUAGAUGAAUGCACGGUAUCACCAGGGAUCUGUGGAGAAGCUCGGUGUAAAAAUUUGAUAAGCUCUUACAUGUGUGUCUGUGACGCUGGCUACAAUUACGAUGACGUGAGAAAGGUUUGCAAAGAUGUGGACGAAUGUGAACAGAACCUGUGUGAACAAACAUGUGUCAAUACACCAGGAAGUUACAGCUGCCAUUGCAAUGGAAAAGGUGGAGUUAAGCUUUCCAGUGACAUGAACACCUGUGAGGAUAUUUUGCCUUGUGUAACUUUUGCUGCUGAAAAAAGUGUUAAAUCUCUCUACCUUGGAAGAAUGUUUAGUGGCGCACCUGUUAUCAGACUGCGGUUUAAAAGAAAACAGCCCACGCGACUGAUGGCUGAAUUCGACUUCAGAACCUUUGAUCCUGAAGGUGUCCUUUUCUUUGCUGGAGGUCAUCAAGACAAUACAUGGAUUGUUUUGGCUUUGCGCGAUGGACGAUUAGAACUGCAACUGAAGUACAAUGGAAUAGGUCGUGUGACCACCAGUGGACCAAUGAUCAACCAUGGAAUGUGGCAGACAAUAUCUGUUGAAGAACUGGAGAGAAGCUUGGUUAUAAAAGUCAAUAAGGAUGCAGUUAUGAAGAUAGCCAUCUCAGGGGACCUGUUUACUCUGGACAGAGGGCUCUAUCAGCUAAACCUAACUGUGGGAGGUGUUCCUUUUAAGAUCAAACAUCUUGUCCAGUCUAUUAACCCUCGACUAGAUGGCUGUAUGAGGGGCUGGUAUUGGGUGGAUGGCAAUGAUAUGACUAUCCAGGCGGCAAUGACAUCAAAUGAUAAGAUGCAGUGCUUUGCAGUUGCAGGAAGAGGCUCUUUCUACCCUGGCAAUGGUUUUGCUGUGUUUAAUCUCAGUUAUGCCUAUCCACUUGGCAGCAAUGAAACCAGGAAGCAAUGGGAAGUAAAAGUAAGCCUUCUAAUUCGGCCAGCCACAGAUACUGGGAUGCUCUUUGCCCUUGUCAGCAGUGAAGCAACGGUCCCUUUGUCCGUGGCUCUGAUAGACUAUCAUUCCACAAAGAAACUUAAACAACAGUUCAUUGUCUUAGCAGUAAAGAACACGGUGGUGUCCAGACUGGCAAUAAGCAUUUGCGAUGAACAAGAACACUUGGUUGACAUCUCCAUAAGCAAUGGCCAGAUUACCUUGACUGUAGAUGGAACUCCAGGACAGAGUGAACUAAGCCAUUCACAGCUAGAAGACAACCUGUCUCUCUUGGAUGAUUACCUGCAGUCAUCUGUAAAGACCUAUGUGGGAGGAUUGCCAGAUGUUCCUGUCACUUCAACUCCAGUCACCGCUUUCUACCAUGGCUGCAUGACGGUGAGAGUUAACAAGCAAACUCUGGACCUAGAUGAGGCUCUCUACAAGUCCAAUGAUGUCAUAUCUCAUUCUUGUCCUCCAGUAAAGACUGGCCAAUAGAUGCCAUUGCAACACACACACAAGUUUUAUAUUAAAAAAAAAGUCCAUUUCAAUGCUUUCCUUUUUAUAUAAAUAUAUAUAUAAAGAUAUAAAUUAUUCAGACUUCCAGCACUGCGUGUAUAGUUCUCUUGAACACUGAAGUUAUGUAGGAGCUACUGAAACUAAAAUGUCAGAUUAAUUAUUGAAAUAUUUCUUUGCUUGGGAGGGUUUAAAAUGUGUAAUAUAUUUGUAAAUAGUUGAGAAGACUAAUAUUAAUAACCCAAAGCUGCAAACUAUUGCCUAAGGUGAGUGGUUAAGAGAGUUCAUAUCUGUCAUGUGGCAACUGGUAAUAUAUUCUGAGUGGACUGGAAGAUUAAAAAUAGUAAUGUAUUUUUUUAUUACCAAAUGCUGCUUCCUGACUUCAAAAUAUGAAAGAAUAAAACAUACUUUUUUUUUUUGAA